GACUCAAUCCGUGCCCGUCUCUGUGUCAACUUCUAGAAGCACCUCCACUUUACUGUAGUCAAGUCAGCUGACACUCGGUCUCUGUGGUUAAAUCAACACUGAAAUAUUUCAAAAAUUCUUCUGACUUGACCGCAGUUCCACUUUCUGGAGUGUCCAAAAAAGGGCAUGUGUGCGUCACCGGUUCCCUCGGUUGUCGAGAGACGGUUGCCUUUAGGAGUUUCUUCCAGAAAGGGUUUAUUUCUAAACCUAACCAAGUACGUUUGUUGCUGAAAACGUGAGGAGAUUUCUGGCAGAAAGGCUAAUUUAUUUACUUAUUUAUUUAUGUGCAGCAUCGGCCAAUAGCAGCUCCGUGAUCCUCGGUCCGCGCGCAUUCGCUCUUUUUACUUUCGAUUUUUACUUCCUACUUAACUGGAAUUGUUUUUCAGAGAAACCGCAUCCUGCAACGUCUCCGUUAAGUUCCUAUCGUGUAUAUUAUAGCUCAUAUAUAAAUGUAUCAGUGGUCUUCGAUCGUAUACAGUUGACCCAACAAGAGUAUGUUGAAGAGGACAACACAUAUCCUCUUCGGUAGUCGGACCUGCUGAACACUCUUCUCCAAACAGCACACAAAAUGGAUUUCCAGAGGCUGCUCUUAGAUGUAGGGAAGGCCCUGAGUAUGGGUGAGGAGAGAGCUUUGGCAUUUCUGUGCACUGACUUACUGGGCCGGAACCCGACCACAGUGAAGUCGGCCAGUGACCUCUUCUCUCGUCUGCGGUAUCAAGACCACCUCUCUGCUGAGCGACCACACCUGCUCACUGAGCUUCUCGUCAUCAUCCAACGCCACAAACUGAUACGUGACCUCGACCUCUCUGACCUCUCUGACGGAGCAUCUACUCCCAGGAGCCUCAUCUCCCCUUACAGGAAGCUGCUUUACAACCUGUCUGAGGGGAUUACUGAUGAUGACUUGAAAGAUGUGAAGUUCUUGUUAGAUAAAGAUCUUCCACGUAAAAAACUGGAGGAAAAUGUUUCGACACUAGAAGUCUUCCUGGACAUGGAGCACAAGGACCUCAUCAGUGACAAUAAUCUAAAUCUACUGGAGACCAUCAUUUCCAAAGUCUGUCCCAUGUUGAAAGGCAAGAUCAGCCAGUUUAAAGCACUACAGGUAACUCACACCAGUCCAGUAGUUCAAGAAUCAGGUCGACCAAGGUCUAUGUCGUACCCUAUUGCAACAAACCAGGUCCCUCAAUCUUUAGGACCAGAGAGGAGUGUCUCGUGUGAAACGCCAGUAGAAUUCCCAUCGUUGGCUGAGUCCUACGUGAAUACUUCCAACACCUCUAUGGAUUUUCCAAAUGCGUUUUCUGGUGGAGACGAGAGUGAGGCCCUGUCCCUUGGACUGAGUAGUUUGAACACUGAAACAAGCCGCGAUGCCUCCGUGAAAGGUCAUUUGAAGAUAGAUCCUGUGGAAAUGUUGCCGUCUCAAGAAAACAAGUUCUCCUCUGAAGCACAGGCGUCUCAGACUACAAACACAAACACAAACAUUGAGGGUUUGGAAGAAUAUCCCAUGACUGCAGCAAAGCGGGGUAUUUGCUUGAUAGUCAACAACUGCAACUUCAUGCCUUUUCUCACAAACCGGGAGGGGACAAUAUUCGAUGAAAAGGUUCUGCACAAAGUGUUUACGUGGCUCGGCUUUGAGGUAGAGGUAAAGAGGGACUGUAAGCGGGAAGAGAUGCUGUCUGUGUUGCGGGAGCUCGGCAGCAGAAACCACAGUCAGAUGGACUGUCUGGUAUGCUGCGUUCUCAGCCACGGCAAGGAGGGAUGUGUGUCCACCGUGGACGGCCAGACCGUCGAGAUUAAGGAGCUGAAGGAACCUUUCAACGGGUUAAAUUGCGCCUCUUUGGCAGAAAAACCCAAGCUGUUUUUUAUCCAGGCCUGCCAGGGCACCAGCAAGCAGACGGCUGUCAGCAUUUGUGCUGAUGGUCCUGCUGCACCUAGUCCUGUUUGCAGCGAUGCUUCUAAGGCUAAUGAUUCCAUCCCGUCCGAUGCAGAUUUCCUGCUGGCAAUGUCCACCGUUCCUUCUUACGUCUCUUUCAGAGAGAGGAAAAAGGGCUCGUGGUUUAUUCAGUCAUUGUGCCAAAACCUUGUCCAGAUGGUGCCACGGGGAUAUGACCUUGUGUCUAUCCUGACAAAGGUAAAUGCAGAUGUUAGCAAGAAGACUGAUCCCACCGGUGUGAAAAAGCAGAUGCCUCAGCCAGCCUUCUCUCUCAGGAAGAAAGUGGUCUUUCCGAUCCCUGAUGCCUCUCCUCCCAGCCUGCCGCAUGUUUGAUGGACUCACUCAUCAGAUGAUCCCUGAGACCCAAGGAUUUUUGUCUUACAUAUUGAACUUCAAUAUACUGGUUGAGCUAAUCAUUCACAUUGAUCCAGAUGUAAAGGCAACAACCAACAUCCUCUUCAUUAUUUCGAUUUCUACUUUUUAACAUGAAUGUGAUGGAAUUAUUGUCAAAUGAUAUCAUUGCAUACAAACAGCUGCCACACAUCAGAAAUACAUGAAAUCUUACAAUGUAAAAUACAACAGUUUUCUAUAAUUGAUGCAAUAAAUUGUGUAUGCACUGCCAUUGUGGAACUA